GCUUUGGAGAUCCCGUUUCUAACUUGGCUGCUCUUUAGCUCUUCAAAACGAUGGUACCAGUGAGAGUAGUGCAGUUACACUCUGCAGUAAUGACUGUUUUGGUGCCCCUUGGUGCACAACAUAAGCAUGCGUUAUGAAUAGUCAAGCAGGAUUUUAUUAACUACGUUGAUUAUGCUGCUCUACUGGAAAGCAUGAGAUUCCUCCAAGGAUCGGAUCAGAGAUAUUGUGCUGCUCUUAUUGACACAUGGUCAUGCAUUCGAGGUGAGGGACAUGGUUUCAUCACCACUUAUCCAUCACUGUCACUGCUUUCUUCAAGAUAUGACAUUGAAAUUAAAUUUUCAGCAAUCUUCUGACUAUCUCCAGGAGUGUAGAAAGCCUCAUACUAACCCGUCCCUCAGGACCAGUAGCCAACACUGGGCCAUGAUCCCAGGCUUCAGCUGGGUGGCAAACAAAAAGUGUCCGCAGGCGAUACCUCAACUGUUCCCGGCCAGCGACGGUGUGUGUGGUCGCUGCUCCAGCGCAGAGAAGGACGCAGAGGAAGCUGAGCAACCGGAGGAGGUUUGUGCAGGCCAGCAGCCGCCAGAGAGCGAGGCCUUACCACGACGGUUUCGCCAUCAGAGAGGUGAAACCAGAGAGGGGAGGAAGCUUCAGCAUCACAGAGCUCUUAAUGCGGGGUCCGGUCUCCAUGGUGACCCUCCCCCCAACAUCAAGAUCUCCUCCAUCACAGGGCAUCUGAAGGCCGCUUUGGUGACAGAAAAGACCCUUCCUCAGGAAUCACCCUACUCCCAAGUGCCAUUAAGAUUACAGAUCAAAGUGUCUGGCCAGAGGGGCAGUUUGGGAAUCAGCAUUGCCGGUGGGAAGGGCUCUCUGCCUUACAAAGACCAUGAUGAGGGCAUUUUUAUUUCCAGAGUAAACACAGGGGGGGCAUCAGAGAAGGCGGGCGUCCAUGUUGGAGAUAGAUUGCUGGAGGUCAAUGGCCUCAGUAUGCAGGCGGCGACCCACCACGAGGCGGUCAGCGCCCUCAGGAAUGCUGGGAGCUGCAUCAAGAUGAAAGUACUGAGAGAGAGGCCACUUCCGCGAGAGGUAUGUGACCCGGACGGGCCUCAGGAUCCUCGGGACGUGUCGGGGCUACAGCCGUGCAGCCAGGACGGCGGAGGCCAGAGAAGCAAACAGCCCAAGACGGAGAGCGUGGAAGACUGUUUGUCCAAGAAGAUUGAGGCAGUUGUCUGCAAUGGCAACGGCAUUUCUGAUUUGGAGAGCGAGUUGAAGAGGACCUUGUCUCAACUGGAGGCGCAGGCCUUGAUGAAAAAUGACUCACUUCAAGGGGGCAAACAAACAAUGACAAUCCCGCGGAUCAUCCUCACUCAUCCCUCUACCUCAGAUGAAGACGUGGAGCUCUUGACACAGAUCCCCGGCAGACAGGCGCUACAUGACUCUGACAUUCCUGACAGACGCGCACACUGUUUCGACAGCGCUUUCUACUCACCUUGACCACAGCGUAGAGGUACAUACAUGAAGGACACAGACUGUUAUUACCCAGUUUUUUUCAUGUGACUGUGGUGGAUUAGUGUGGUGGAAUGUGUUUUUUAAGCUUUUUGUCUGUAGGAUUACAUUGCUGCUAAUAGUAUUUGGUGAUAUGAAAGUAAUUUGCAAGAAUGAACUUUAUUUUUAUUACUAUAACCACAGAGUUUUGCCUGUGCAACUACAUAGAACAGAGACUGUAAAACAUGAACACACUGCUCUCUAAUGUUCAAAUGAAUUACAUAAUAUUCAAUACAGAUGAUGGACGCUGCUGGCUACCUCUACUUCACACCACUAUGCUGUAAAUUAUGGAUGUGCUGGUAAAUAGUGUCUAUGCCCCUGAAAAUGUGAAGCCCUCAAACUCUUUAUAGUCUACACUGAGAUAAAACACCACACAGCUGAACACACUGAGUGCACAGCAGGGAGUCCGAGUCCUGCAGAGUCCUGAUGCAUACUGAACUGAACAUCUUCGCACACCUCCUGUAUGAGCUGAAUUCAUGAGAUUAUGCAUUGUGAGAGAACAGAAAUCUUGCUCGUCAAUACCUGCCUUGUAGCUUUUUCAUUCUCACAGUUCAUUGUUCACUUUCUCAAUAAAGUACAAUAUAUAUUGUU